AACAGUGAUGCGCAAAUGUCGCUUUGUCAAAGAAAUGGGUACGGUCAGAAAAUGGUUCGCGAAGCAUGCGAAAUGCUGAAAAAUAUAUUUGAAAUGCCUUUAGUUAAUGGGCAUUCAGAAUGGGAGGAUGUAUAGGAAUUAGGAGGAAUAGAGAUGACGCCACAGAAGAUAUUUCAGGCAAUAUAACGAGGCCAAAUUCAGGAAACACCCGUAAGAACCAUCCCCUGUGUCAUGAGACAAUUCGGUGGAAGUCUGAUGUGCCAUUGACAGAAGGACAAUUGCGAAGCAAAAGGGAUGAGUUCUGGGACACAGCACCAGCUUUUGACGGUCGGAAGGAGAUUUGGGAUGCCUUACGAGCUGCAGCGGUAGCAGCAGAAUCAUCAGAUUAUGAACUUGCGCAAGCCAUCCUAGAUGGGGCGAACAUAUCAGUUCCUAAUGGUUUCUUGACUGAAUGCUAUGAUGAGCUUGGCACUCGUUACCAAGUGCCUGUGUAUUGUUUGUCGUAUCCCAUCAACAUUGUGAAAGAAGAUAAUGGUAGAGAUUCCCCAGCAGAAUGCUCAGAACCAGUUGAUGGAGGCUUGGAAAUGAUUUUGAAGCUAAGGCUGUCUUCUACGUGCACUGAUGUCAAACUUACAGUGUCGACGAGAGAUACUAUUGGAAUGGCAAAAAGAAAAUUGCAGUUGCAGGAAGGUCUCGAACCUUCUCGCCAGCGAUGGUUUUUUGGUGGGAAACUCCUUGGUGACAAGCUUCGCAUUGAAGAGACGAAAGUUUUACCCGGAUAUGUUGUGCAAGUAAUUGUCAAUAAUGACCAGACAUCUGCUGCAGAGACUUGAACUGUAUCUUCAAAGUGACCUUUUCAUUUUUAAAAAGGAGUUUAGAUUUGUUAUAAUGGUUGGCAUAAAAGAACAAUGACUGUUAUUUCCUAAUAGAUAUGUACAUGUGUGUAUGUGAGGUAUAAAGGUGUGUCUAAUAUGAAAACGGGUGUAUAUUGUUUACUAAUCACAUCUGUAAGUUGUGUAAUGUUGUGAAUUUUCUAAAAACUGCAAUUAUAUUGCAUUCUUCUUGCACAGAAGUCUCAGUUUUUAUCGGCCUUAUUUUAAUGGUAUACUAAAGAGGCAGAAAAUGCUGUGAUAAUGGAUACUCACAAAAUACCAUGCACAGAGGAACAUUGUGAGUCCUUUAUUUCACAAUGAAACUCCAUUUUCUCUUUGCUAAGUUUGUAGUUUCAAAUUUUAUUAUGCAGACAGAGUGUAAUUAACAGAUUCACUGUAUCAGACAGCAAAACUUGCUUUUCCAACAAGCACUGUUUCCAGGAGUAGUAAUUGUUCUAGUCUUAAUAUUUCUUAGUGUUGCUUUCACAAACUACUGACAGUGAAUAUGAAUAGUUUUAUCACUUCAUUGCUUUUGGAGCUGAUUAUUCUGAGACUUUAUUUUUGUUACAGUGUUAAUAUUUUUUCCUGUUUUACAUGGUGCAGGGAUUUGUCAUUUCACAAUUGCUGAUUAUAAAUUAGCAUUUCAUAGGUAUUAUUUGUGUCAGAAGCCUCUCAUCAUACGUGUCUCAUUAGACAUGUUUGAAAAUACUACAGAGGGUUCUGUAGUUUUCUGUGAUGAUUUAAUGUUUGGUCUUAUAUAAUAGCAUAAAACUAGUUCAGUCAUUGCUUUUUAUUUAUGCAGAAGCAAGGUUUUGAUUUAUGCAAGAGCAAAGAAGUCUGUGUUCAGAUCAGUGCCAAACAAGCAUUCCAAUCAACAUUACACAGUUUUUGUGCCUAAGAAAUAAAUGUAAAUACAGCUGUGUCUGUGUAUGUUUAAAACUAGACUGAAACAGAUGCUCUCCUUAGUAUGGCUGCAUUGAAAUUUAGGUGUCAGGUUCAAAACCUGUUUCUGACAAGAUUUCAGUUUUUAAUUUUUGGAAGAAAAUUAGAUUCCUCUCAUCAUAACUAGAGUGACAAAAUAUGGAAGGAAAAGCUGUUGAUGGAAAAAAAAUAUUUACUUAUGUUUUUUGAUUUGUGUGUAGUUUUCAAAAGUGCAGUGAUGUGCAGUUGUUGGAAGUGACAAUAAUACACAGUUGAGUUUGACUUGCUUGUCACAGGAGAAACAGAAGUUCUUCCUAGUUUGUCACUUUCAGAACUUUUGAGAAACCACUAAGGAAUAACCACCCACAAUGCCAUUUAUAAUGUAAUUAGUGGCAUUUUCCUUUCCCAGCUUGUUGUGUUUGUUAUGAGGAGGAUGGCAAUUUGGCAAAAUAAUGAGUUACAAUAAGGGCUGGCCAAGUUAAAAGAUCUUUUAUUUUUAAUGAUGUACUUACAUUUUGAGUAUCACUUCUGUACAUUGCAGUUUCUCAGGUAAUUUUAUCUUUGUAACUGUGGCAUGUAACAUAAAUUUCGUAAAUAAAUCAUUUACUGAAUGCCCUCA